UCACUAGCAGUUCAAUGACUAACUUAUUCCAAAUGUAUUUAUACACUGAGCAAAAUAAUAAUGAGGAUUACAAGACUAAUUUUCAUUUUUAUUUCUGCCAUCACUGUUCCAACUGUGACACCAAACAAAGAAAUUCUAGAAAUGAUGAGGAAGAAGGUGAUUGGAAUACAUCAGUCUAGGAAGGGUUCCAAAGGGUUCCUAUUUCAAAGGCUCUGGGAUGCCAAAGGACCACAAGUGACAGCUAUAUACAGCCAAAAGCUCCCCAAUGGAACCUUUGAGCAAGUACACUGUGUGGCUGAUGAAAUGGCUAAACUAGCAGAACACUGCUGCCAAGAUGAUGCAAGUCUUGACUGUUAUGACAAAAGGGCCACAGAAAUCUCAGACAAGUCUUGUAGGAUCUCACCAUUCCCCAAGCACCCGGGCAUUGAGAAGUGUUGCACCAUCCAAGGUGAUGAGAGGAAAUUGUGUUUGGCCAUGCUGUGUUGUUCAGCAGAUGAACUCCCGUCCCUGCUGGAGCCCUCACCUGAGGAGAUCUGUACUCAAUAUACUAAGGACCACAGCAGCUAUGCUCUUAGGUAUGUAUACGAGUUUUCUCGGAGACACAGGAGUAUCCCAGCAGGCUUUGUUCCCAAUGUGACCCAGAAUCACAUAAGGAUGGCAGAGAAUUGCUGUAAGCCCACUGUAUCAAGACUCUGCUUUUUCAAAGAGGCAAUUCAGGUUUCAAGAGAGGGGCUCAGCCUGAAGUUUCUCUCCAACAUGCGUAACAAUGAAGUGAAUCUGAAAUCUCACAAAACUGGACUGACUGCAUAUUUUGGAAGCCUCCUAAGAGUACAAUUCAAAGAAGCAUUGCCUAUUUCAAAGCAGUUUCAGUCUGGGCUUGCAAAAUGCUGUUUACCACAGCCUCAAUGUGUCAUUGACGAGUUUAUCAGUUUUCAAAAGGUCCUCUGCAAGGACCUUGGCAACAUAUCUGAAGAACUGCAAAGAUGCUGCAGCAAAACCCCUCUAGAUGCUAUCACCUUCAUGGACAGUGUAAAAAGACAUCCUGUCACAUCUUCAGAUCUUCAUGUCCCCUCGGCACAGCUCUGCGAGGAAGCUCAACCAAAUAGCACAGACAGAUAUUUGUUCCAAAUUGGGGUGAAACAUGUGUCAGUUUCAUUGCCAGUGCUAACAACCAUUCAGGACCAGAUGAGAAGCAAAGCCACAGCCUGCUGCUCAGGCACUAAUGACACCACCGCAUGUUUAACGAAGCCUGGCUGUCACAUUGACCAAAGAAUGUCGGAUCUCUCAAUUUUCUUGUUUUUCAGUAAAGCAAAUUGGAGAAAGCAGCAGCACUAGAGUUCCUGAUUGACAACUUCUGUAAACAGUACUUUAAACUGGAGUUGCCUGCAUUCAAAACUUAAAUAACGUGUCCUCUGUACUGUGCCAUGUGGACGAGUCCGCUUCCACCUACGUACUUGUUCUAGUAUAGUUUUAUAACUUCUAAUGGCAUUUUUUAAACAAAUGAAAAGCAAGCCUACCAUCAGCCACUUGUCUUUUAACAUAUGGUUUCUGCCCACCACAACACAUUAGCUCUUGAGGUAGAAAAUAAGCCAUUUACAUUGAAUAAAAAUGUUCCUAAUUUUGAAGUAUUUCAUUAGCAUUGCACAAACUGUAUCAUAUGAUUUAACUAACCAGAAUUAGCUGCCUGACAUCUCUUUUAAAGCAACUCCAAAAAAGCUGAUGUGGCUGAUAAUAACGCAGUAUUUGCAUCAUAUGGGAAUUUUUCUAAUUAUCACUUUCCAACUGGGAGAAACCAUUCAUGUCAACCUCAGAGUAGUAAUGUUGCCUGAAACUCAUAUGAUGGAAAACGUCAAAAUUUGUUCAAAAUAUAAUGUGAAGAUAAAAUAAAUGUGUGUAGAUGUGUUUGUUUUCUGUUCAGAAGGUAUUAUGAAUCAAAAAUGAGCUUUCGCCAUUUUAAUACAUGUUGGUUGAUCAUAUUAAUAAUUAAGUAACUUUCAGGCUUAGAACUCUAAAUCACAGUGCAGAUGCAAAAUUAAUCCAUUUACACAAUCAGUUGGAAAGGCCCCCAUCUGCAUAUGUUAAAAGGCAAUUACACAUAAGAGAAAAGAUGUGCUAAUAAAUCAGCAUGCACAUAUUUUACAGACAUCAAGUUUCAUAUGUUUUUACACAGAGCCUCAGUUCUGUUGAAUAUUAGGAAAUGUGCUAAGGUGUAAAAUUAAAACAGUGACAUGCAACAUGCGAAUGCUGACUAAUGGAAAAUAAAAACCCCAAUCACCCUUUUAAAAAUGUAAACAAGGUGCAACACACAAGUCCUUUUAAAUUGGAAUAAAAAGAUGUUUUCCCAUGCUCCUAAAUGCUUCCACAUUACUCUAUAUUAAAGCUAAUUUAUGCCAGCUAGCUAUCAUCAGUUCUCUCAGAAAGUAUUGGAAUGUCAAGGUCAGUUAUUUUAUUUGUGCUUUACACUGAAAUGAUUUGGGUUUCAGAUCAAAAGAUUAAUGCGAGAUAGAUCAGAAUUUCAGUUUUCAUUUCCUUAUAUUUAAAUCUGAUGUGUUUUUUUCUUUUUUUGUAAUGCUUUUCCAGGCUUGUUUCACAGCUUAUUUCAAUUGUGGUUUGUUUUGUCUCCUCUUCAGGAGCUGAAAUGCAUGAUCAAUUUGCUUAUAUGAUUGUGGUACCUUCACCCCUGCCCUGUGGAGGUUGUUGGUGAUGGCGCUGACUGUUGUUUUUGGGUUUUACUUCACAGGUCUCAAUGUUUCUGUCAUCACCUGUUGUUGUUUUCAUUGGAUGACAUGUUCUAUGUCUGGUUGUUAGUACACCAGUGGUUUCUUUCUUUUCAGGACAUUCCAAACUGUUGUAUUCGCUAUGCUCAAUGCUUGUGCAAUGGCUCAGAUAGAUUUUCCCAGAGACAGCUUUCUGGUCGUCAUGUUGGUUUAUCGUUUUUAACAACAAAUGCAGUCUUCACAGGCAGACCCCUAAACAAUCAAUUUAACAGGGCACACCUGGGCAGCAAGAAACACCUGUCAGUCACAUAUUCCAAUAUUCUUGAUCACUUAAUUAUAAAAAUUGGUAAGUUCAAACAAGGUGCCAUGUUCUACAUUGAUUAACACAUCUAGAUGAAAAUAUGAGGAAAUUGUUCUUUUCUGUUCUGAUCUGUCAUUUCAAAUUCAUCUUUCGAUCUUUUUUUACAUGUCUCCUUCAUUUGUUGUUUCACAGAUGGUCAUAUGAUCAUAUUUAUUUAUUUGGUGGCAUUUAAAUUUAGAUAUAAUGUAACCAUUCAUAUAUUAGUAAAAACAAACAAACAAAAAAAUACUUUAAAAUGAAGCAUGAUAUUGUGGAAUAUGUUUAGUUGAUAUUUUACCAGCCCCUUUUAUCUGCUCGUUUAAUCAUGAUUAUGCUCUUUGAUUGAUUUUUUCUUUCGCCUGUUAAUGGGCUCAGUGUUGACAGUAUAGAGACACCAUUAUAAGACGCCCGUUUGUUCAGAGACUCUAAAGCAUCUGUCGUUUUGCAAUAUAGGAAGUGGAUAUGUGCGGUGGGUGACUAACUACAGAAAUUAUUAGCAGUGAUAAAUUGCAAAGUAAGAGGCAGCAUCUGCCUGUAAAAUCAGAGGCAGGUCUAUCCUGAUGGGCCAAAAAUUAUCAGUCAAGCACAGAGUUGGUUAAAAAAGAAUAGAUAACUUUUUCAGGGGAGGAAAGAGAAAAGCUGACAUAGCCGAUCUGGACAGAAAAAAAAUUCCAGCAAAGCACAAGAUGGAGUUGAAUCCCGUCCAAAUAGAGCUUUAAUAAGGGUUAGUCACUGAUUUAAGGAAAGGUUAAGCCAUGAGUUUUAUGUGCUUAUCAGCUAUUUAAUAGAAAUUAGUGGUUGUUGAAAAGCAAUUAAUUUUGCAAUGCAUUGCAAUGAACUCGGCAUGAAUAACAUAAGUGCGAAUAUUACACCAUAGUGUGAUAUUUUGAUUAAUCAGUGAACUAGGAAGCAGAUUAGAGAGUGAGUGACCAAGCAUAGCUAUUAUAGGAUUUUCACAAACAUAGCUAUUAAAUGCACUGCAUGGGAGAUAUUGCGUCUCAUCAUUUCAGUAGCAAUUACAGAACUGUCAAGACCACCAAAAUCAUCAGAAGUAAUAGCUAAGGCCAUGUUGCUGUUCAUUAAUUUACAUUUCUUGUU